ACGUAGUGUGUUAAGUGUGUAAGUUUUCGGAAUUACUCAUCAAUUAAAAGUAUUUGACAGCCUCACAAGGAAAGGAAAUGGCAAAAACUUACGAUUAUUUAUUUAAAUUGUUACUCAUCGGGGAUUCUGGAGUUGGUAAAACGUGUAUACUUUUCAGAUUUUCAGAAGACACAUUCAAUUCGACAUUUAUUUCAACGAUUGGUAUAGAUUUCAAAAUCAAAACAAUUGAAUUAGAUGGGAAAAAAAUUAAGCUUCAAAUAUGGGACACAGCUGGACAAGAACGUUUCAGAACAAUCACAACAGCUUAUUACAGAGGAGCUAUGGGAAUAAUGCUGGUUUAUGAUGUUACAAAUGAAAGAUCAUUUGAAAAUAUCAAGAACUGGAUAAGAAAUAUUGAAGAACAUGCAUCCACAGAUGUAGAAAAAAUGAUAUUAGGCAACAAAUGUGAUGUCAAUGACAGACGUCAAGUGUCCAAGGAAAGAGGAGAACAAUUAGCUAUUGAAUAUGGAAUCCGGUUUAUGGAAACUAGUGCAAAAAAUAGUAUUAAUGUUCAAGAAGCUUUCCUGUCUUUGGCCAGAGAUAUUAAAACCAAGAUGGAGAAGAAAAUGGAAGCAACUCAGCCAUCCAAAGCAUGUGGCCACCAAUUAAAAGCCAAUGAGCCCAUCAAAAAAUCAAGAUGGUUUUGUGGUAUUCUAUGACAAAUUAGAAAACUAUUUGUAUUUCCAAUUAUAUUCAGCAUAAUUGCAGUUGUACAUACGACAGAUUGAGUGUUGAGAUACGUUACUUGGCAUUGGAAACAAGAACAUGAUAAUCGAUAUAUUUUUGUAAUUUGUACAUAUUGAUCGGCUUAUUUAUCACAUUGGUCACUUUAAAGGCAUUUUAUUUUGUGCUAUUUGAAUGCUUUUUGUACUUAAAACUUUGUUGUAAUUGUGUAAUGUAUCCAGAAAAAAAAAUAUCAAUACUUGAAAAUGAGUCAUGCUCAUUUUAGUAAAAUGUAAAUGUUUGUAUAGAAUUUUAGUGUUACAAAUUUUUAAAAAUGUUACUCAAUCUUUUAAGUUGUAUAAAAAUACCCAUUUUUAUAUAAGAUUUGUGUUCUUAAAAGAUUUAUAGUUGUUGUCAGUUGAAUUCAAUUUCUAUUUAUUAAGUCAAUGUUGCAACAUUACUGUUGAAAGUAUAAUUCGUAUUGCUUUUUUUAAACAAAAUACAAGUUUUUCGUUUCAUCAUCCGAGUUUUUUUUUUUUUUCAAAAACAUUGAUAUUUAAACCCAAUUUAGUACCUUCAAUAUUCAUAUACAAGGUGAAUCAUAAAAUGGAUGUAUAAAUUUUAAGAGGAGAUAGAACAUAUUGACAAGUGUGACAAUUACAUAUGUAGUAUGAUCCAAAAGUUCGAGAACAAGUUGUAUAAAACCUUACCCUGAAUAGUUCACAUCACAGAAGCAUAUCCACCUUCAAAAUUAGUCACCUUGAGUGAGUAUGCACUUCUGCCAACGUUCAUAUAACUUUUGGAAGCCAUUUUUUGCAACCUCCUGUAAUGCAGCUUUAACUUCAUCUAAUGAAAGAAAGCAGCGUCCCUGCAAAUGUUUUUCGAUUGCUGAGAAUAGGUAAAAGUCACAUGGGGCUACGACCAGACUUAGUGCUUCCAAAACUUAUAUGAAUGUUGGCGAAACUGCAUAGUCGCUCAAGGUGACUAUUUUGAAGGUGGAUGUGCUUCAGUGAUGUGAACUAUUCAGAGUAAGGUUUUAUACAACUUGUCAUCGAACUUUUGGAUUGUACUACGUAGAUAAGUUUAAUAUAUUAUGAGUUUCAUAAAGCAUACCUUAAUUAUUUGCAAAUAUCAAACAUUGAACUAGAAAUUUUGAAAAUCUUAAAUAAAAUGUGAGGUUAAAAUAUUUAAAAAGUUGUAUAAAUAAUUGCAAUUACGAUGGGUUUUUAAAAGAUGAAAUGAAUGUUUUCAUUCAAAAGACAAUAAUACUCAAGGAAUUUUAAUUUAACAGACUCACAAAUCCAUUUUUAUCUUAAAAUAAACAAAUAAUGAAAAUUUCUUCAAAAUAAAACAAAGAUGACAAAUUUGGAUAAAUCUGUUAAACAGUUGAACUUUUCUAAACUAUAGAACUUAUUUUAACAGGAAGUGAAAAUUUCACUAAAUAAGAAUGUUGUUACUUUCUCUCAACAUACUUUGACAUGCAUUCAUUAGUACAAAUUCAACCUUUAUUCUAAAUUGACAUCAUUUCCAUUAUAUUAUUAUACUUGGAGCUGUAAAGAGAUUCUACUUCCAUUAGAAAUAAUGAAAAAAAAAAAAAAAGUUUCUCAUUUUUAAAAUUCUUAAAAGUGGUUACUUUUUAGUAGUAAAUUUCUCUAAGUUUAAAAGCUCAUUGAAUACAAAUAUUAUUUGAACAAUUUAUUACUUAACCAAACACUACAAAAAGCUUAAUAUAUAUUUUUAAAAAAACACAUAAGGAUAGUAUAGAGAUUCAAAAACCAUUCAUUUCCUUGAAAUAUAUAAACUGAUAUGAUCUUAUAAACAAUUAAACAAAUUUAAAGGCAUUGUGGUUCUCUUUAGUAGAGCAAUUUUGUGUUGGAAAACUGUUUAUGUACAUUUUAAUUUAAUAAUUUAUGCUAAACAAAUUGUGAAUGGGUUCUCAAUAUUAUUCAAAUUUAGCAAAAUAAACUUAAAGUGAACUUUUAUUUUACUGCUUCAAUCAGUGGAUGCAAUUAAUAUUUUUUUGGAGAAUGGUAAGGAAAUAUUUUUAAUUUCUUUAUUUGAUAUUCAAGUUAGUAGCAUGCUCUUGUAUGGAUGCAAACUUUUUAAAGAACUGGAGGAUAAAAUUAUCAUGCAUUGUAAGUUUGAUUUCCUGAAUGAUUUAGUGUUUUCAAUUUUGAUAUUAAAUUUAGAAUAUUGUUAUUUAUUACUAUUCAAAUGUCAGAAAAAAAAGUAAACUAUCACUUUUUAGUAACAUUACAUAAUUUUUCUUUUACAAAAUAUAUUCAAGUUUGGAAAGAAAUUUAUUUUGAAAUGCUAAAAUAUUGAUUUGAUGCUUCUGUUAAAAGUAAAACACCGAAAUAAGAUUGUGAAAAUUCAAAAUAACUGACCAUUCUUUGCAUGUCAUUAAGAUUGGUUAUAAUGAAAGGCGUUGUUUUGCUACAAAAUAUGUAAAGCUGCGAGGAAAAGGUUACUCAAGCAUUAACCAUUGGGGCUAAGUGAUGAAGAAAAAAAAAACUCAUAUUAUAAAUCAUUGUGCAGUGUUUGAAACAUUGGUGCGGGCACCAUAAAAUUCUAUAUUAUGAUGCCAGUUAUAUGGAAAUGGACAUCAAUACAUAUUUCAUUCUAGCUUUUGUAUGUUGGUAUUAAAUAGUUUAAUUACAUGAUUUGUAUACUUAUGGUGAUGUCUAAAAUUUUAAUUAAAAGAAUAAGUAUUUUUUACAUUGUGAUAACUUUCAAAAAAUUUCCAUUUUAAAAACAUUUGUUGAUUAGAAUCUUAUUUAGAACUUGCCACAGCCUAGUGUCUUGAUUCUUUUAAGUUGCAAUUAGAUUUCAAAUUAGUUUUUAAAAAAUCAUUCCACAUUUUCAAUUUUAUAUCAAAAAUGUAAAAUUAUUUUACUGAAUGUAUAUUGUGAUACUUUAUUUCAAUUUUGAUGAAAGGAUUUUGCAUUUAAAUCUGACUUUUAGAAUGGAAAAGUUAUCAGUUAUCUACUAGAUUUAAUGCAUGAUUAUUGUUAAAAAUAAAUAUAAGUUUUUACUUUGCAAUGCUUAAUCCCAUUUUUAUGUUUCAAAAUUAUUGAGAAAGCCAUUUCUUUAAUUCCCCUAAUAAUGGGAAAGCUUUGCCAAAUUUGUCCCUAGCUUUGUGUCCAGAUUUUGCUUAAUUAUGCAUUUCAAUAUAUUCAAAAUUGCUUUGUAUUAAGUCUCUACUUUCUACUUUUGGUAUUAUUACUGUUAUAUUAUUGCACUGUAUAUUAUGCCACAUAAUGACAUCUUGUAAAACAUAUUGAACUUAAACAAAAAUUUUAUGAAUUAUUAGUUAAAAUCAAUUUUGAUAACUUACCUGGUUGGAAUGAUAUAACCACUUUUUUAAUUUAAAGUAGAGUAAUAUCAUUCCCCCCCCCCCUGAAUUGUCACUACUGACUAUUUGAUAUUCAUGUACAGCAGAACAUCAAAAAUCUAAACACAGACUCAGUAAAUUUUAACAAACUCAAAAGAAUUUCAAAGCCCUCACCCAAAAAUUAGUGAUUUUUUGAAAUAAGUUUCAGUUUUUCCUUCCAGAAAUUCGUUCAACUUAGUGCAAAGUAGUUCUUAGUGCUGUAUUUUUCAAAAAUUCAUUCAAUUUCCUUUGUUUAGUUACUGUAUAAUAGUUCCUCACAGAGUACAUAAAGUUCUGUAAAUAUUUUUCAUUUUCUCUUUAUUUACAGUUAACAAUGGGACUUAUAUCUUGUUUUAAAUGUUAGCUUUAAGAACUGUACUGUAUGUUAUGUACUACAUACAUAUUGUAUAACCAUUUAUUUGAUUAAAUGGCAUAUUUUCCUAAACAGUAUGUUCUUGUUUAUUUCCAAAAAUCUGAACUAACGUAGAACCUCAAUUACCUGAGCAAAUUGGGACCGCUAGGGCCACGUAGGUCGGAAAUCUUAGUUAAUAGAAACUUGGUAUAAAAACUUGUUGGGAUCGCAAGUAUUAAAAAUUGUGUUACUGAAAAAUACAAUAGAAUAUUUUUAAGUGCUGAAGAUGAACUUUUAAAAAGAUUUACAGUUAAAAAACUAAAAUAGGAAAAUAACUUGUAGUAAGUAUUAGAAAGUUAAUUGAAUUUUCAGAAAAUAUUUUUAUUUUCAAAUUGAAAAAAUUCUUUUUUAUUAAUUUUAAAAAAGUCUGUUACCUUUCUUUGUAAAAGUCUUGUUUUUUCUGCUAGUUCAUGCAAAUUUUUAAGCAAGAAAAUUUCUAUUGGCAUAAUAUAUCUUCUCUGCUCUAAAUAUUUCAGAGAAGUAGAGCUUUUACAGCUUUGGUGUAACUUAACGUCUUUGAAUCCUUAAAAUCCUAAUCCAUAUGCUCCACUUCACUAGCAGCUUGAUGAAGGAUCGGUUGGUUGUAUAAUUUCCUCAUUAUCUGCUCGGUUAGCAAAAACCUCGGUUAAUCGAGGUUCUACUGUACCUAUGGUCCCAAAAAGAUAAUAUUUUGACAUACUACUGUAUGUAAAUUAAAAGUAACUACUUGAGAUUUUAACCACGAUUUAAAUUCUCUUCGAGAAUACCAGAAUUUAGAGUACAUCCGUUUCAAAUAACGGGUUACCAGUUGCUGAUAUAUAUGUUCUAAACUUUUCCUUUUUUUCUCAUGUGGUCAAAAAGUGGUUGUAAUUAUGUAUGAUUCUGAAUGCAAUGUUGAUAAGUUUAUAAAUUUUAAUAGAAAUAAAGCAUGAUUUU